GGGGCAGUCCCACUCUCCAAUGAUACAGUCGCAAGGAGAAUAUCAGACAUGUCAAACGACAUCAGAGAGCAACUUGUACAGUUUAUCAAUCAGAGUCCUUACUAUGCGCUGCAGCUGGACGAAUCAACUGAUGUCGCUGGACAGGCACAGCUCCUCGCAUAUGUCCGAUAUCUGCGCGACAAGGCCAUUGAGGAAGAUGUUCUGUUUUGUCGGCCUCUUAAAUCGCACACCACAGGAGAAGCUAUAUUUGAUGUCAUUAAUGGGUUUGUGCGUGAAAAUGGUCUGGCUUGGGACUGAUGCGUUGGCCUAUGCACGGAUGGUGCACGGGCAAUGACGGGCCGCGAGCGUGGCCUAGCUGCUCGCGUUCAACAAGUAGCUCCACUUGCGAAAUGGACACACUGUAUGGUCCAUCGCGAAGCAUUAGCUGCCAAAAAAAUGUCGGUUCUGUUUGACUCCGUGCUGAACCAAUCCGUGAAAAUAAAUCUGAUCAAAUCACGGCCACUAAACUCUCGCUUGUUUGGGGUCCUCUGCCAGGAGAUGGGGUCAGGGCACGAACAGCUGCUCCUGCACACUGAAGUUCGCUGGCUCUCCAGGGGCCGGGUGUUACAGCGGUUAUAUGAGCUGCGAGCGGAGGUGAAGUGUUUUUUGACAGAAAUCAAAUCAGAUCUGGCUAAGCAUCUGGAUGACACCAUGUGGCUUGCGUCCCUGGCCUAUCUGGUCGAUAUAUUUGACCGUUUGAAUGGCCUCAACUUGUCUUUGCAAGGCCGCGAAACUCAUAUUUUGCUCCUCGCGGACAGAGUGAACCGCCUUCACACAAAAAAUUGA